CAUCUUAUCUGGUCACAAUUUCAUUCAAGCUUCGGUGCAGUGAGUUCAACUUCUCUCCAUUUCUUCGCUUCCAUGAGAUAGCGGACUCCUCUCUCUUCUCUUUCUCAUGGCGAUCGUGAGUACCCGUGUCUCUCUCUCUAGCUCCUCAUCCCCAAGGCUCCGACGAAGCUCCUUCAUAUCCCCCUCUUCUCUUACCAAACUCAUCAGCACCAGGAAUCCAUGUAAGAGAGCAGGUGGGCCUAGGGUUAGGGUUAUCUCAGCUGUUGCGAUAUCCACGAAUGCUCAGACGAGGGAGAGGCAGAAGCUCAAAGACAUGUUUGAGGAGGCGUUUGAGAGGUGCUGGACCUCCCCAAUGGAAGGCGUCACCUUCACUCCUGAGGAAUUCCAUGCCGCCCUUGAUAAAUAUGACUUUGAAUCCGAGAUUGGUUCUAAGGUCAAGGGAUCAGUUUUUAGAACAGAUGCAAAUGGAGCUCUCAUUGAUAUCACUGCAAAAUCUACGGCAUAUUUACCUGUUCAAGAGGCAUGCAUUUACAAGGUGAAGCAUGUGGCAGAGGCAGGCAUUUUUCCAGGCAUGCAAGAAGAGUUUGUGAUUAUUGGGGAGCGUGAAGAUGAUGAUAGUUUGAUUCUUAGCCUUCGGUCUAUUCAAUUCGACCUCGCGUGGGAGAGGUGCCGGCAAUUGCAGGCUGAGGAUGUUGUUGUUAAGGGUAAGAUUAUUGGAGGUAAUAAAGGAGGAGUUGUGGCUGUAGUUGAGGGCCUAAGAGGAUUUGUUCCAUUUUCACAGAUAUCGACUAAAACAGCAGCAGAAGACCUUAUAGAUAAAGAGCUGCCUCUGAAAUUCGUAGAGGUUGAUGAGGAGCAGUCGAGGCUUGUUCUCAGUAACCGCAAGGCCAUGGCUGAUAGCCAAGCUCAGCUUGGAAUUGGGUCGGUGGUCACCGGAUCUGUUCAGAGCCUUAAGCCAUAUGGUGCCUUUAUUGAUAUUGGUGGCAUCAAUGGCCUUCUUCAUGUUAGCCAGAUCAGUCAUGAUCGAGUUUCUGACAUUGCUACUGUCUUACAGCCCGGUGACACCCUCAAGGUUAUGAUACUCAGCCAUGACCGCGAGAGAGGGCGGGUUAGCCUGUCCACCAAAAAGCUCGAGCCAACACCAGGAGACAUGAUUCGCAAUCCAAAACUUGUGUUUGAGAAGGCCGAUGAGAUGGCUCAGACUUUCAGGCAACGGAUAGCCCAGGCAGAAGCAAUGGCUCGUGCUGAUAUGCUAAGAUUCCAGCCUCAGAGUGGAUUGACACUUAGUCCGGAAGGGAUUUUGGGUCCUCUAGGGUCGGGUGUGCCAGUGGGCGAGGGGCUUGACUUAAAUGAUGUCCCUCCCGCCGAAGAGCUGUAAAUAUGCAGAGUCACUGGUCACAGUCCUUUUGUAAUUGUUUCUCUCUCUCUUUAUGGUAGAAAUUCUUCGGAGAUGUGUUUUAAUAUUUGGCACUAUUGAAGAUAACUUACAGGUAUUUUACUUUGUAAUUUGGAAGAAAUUCGUUUUAGAAAAUUGGUAAUGUUUGGUUUGGCCUCUUUUAACU